AUGGAUCUUUACGGCCACCUCCGCCGACUGCUGCUCCGGUCUGGAGGCACCAAGCGAAAGGCCUAUUCGUCACCCAGGGGACAGCUCGCCCCAAUCAGCAAGGAGGAGGAAAUGCCAAGGAAGACCACAGGCCUUGCUUGCGUGAGGGACAUGGAUGAGGCUGCCCUGAGGAAGGACAUUGGCACCCUCUUCCCAGCACUCCACUCCAUGGUGUGUCAUCUCCCCAGAGAGCACCUGGAGGAGCGGAGAGAGGCCCUGGACUCUCUGGUCCAUCUGGCUCGCUUGUUCCUGGUGGAGCUGCUUGUGUUCCUGUUCAGGAGGCUGAACAAGGACGAGGAAGAGGAGACCUGUGCCAGUCUCUUCAUUCUGGACCGGAUAGUCCGAUCCAACGUUUCCGAAAUGACGCACAAUACUGAGAAGCUGUUCAUAGCCCUGGGGCCAAUCCUGCAGAGCACAAGCAUACGGGUCAGAGAAGCCCUUGCUUAUUUUAUAAGGACAAUGGGGGCGCAUGGGCUCUUGGAGAAAUCUGCCUCAAGACCCUUAAUUGACUUCUUGGUGCGUCAGUGCACCCUGACCCUCGACAGCACGGAGGAAGCAGACGGGAGGCGCACCAUGGAGCUCGAGGUCCGCCAGCUCUGCUCCAGCACCCUGCAGUCCCUGGCUAACUCCCCCAGAAUGGCCAAUACCUCGGUCGAGGUGGUAAAGAGGAUGCAGGAGGAAGGCAGGCUGCCCUUGGCCAGGAGGUGCGGCAAGGCGAACAGAGGGUGUCGGUCAAGCCCCAAGUCCACUCUCCCCCAGGAGCUGCUGGCUCGGCUGCUGGUGCUCGGUGCGUCUUCGUUUAUGACGGUGCAGGUCAGAAGGGCAGCCAUGUUCCUCCUCUUCCAGCUCAUGAGCAUGUUCCAGGCCGGGUCGAGCCGGUUCUGGAAUAGCUACAAGACGGAAAUGCUCCUCUAUGUGGAAGAUCACAAGACCUGCUUCUGCCAGAGGGAGUGGGAGCAGCAGCUGCUGCAGUUCCUGGAAGACCUUCUCUUCUUCAUCUCGGACCACACCUGGCUGGGCUGUUUCAUCACUAGUAUCAGGCGCCAGCUGGCCUACGGUGAUAAGCAGCCCGGUGACAAGAGCUUUCUCUACAAGUGCUGGGGCACCGUGCUGAUGUUUUUUCCAGCAGAGAGCAUCAAGCCCCAGCUAUGGCUUCUGGUGGAGAUGGUCGAUUUCCGAGAAGAAGAGGAAAGAGAGGGAUUCGCCCGAGCGCUUGGGCUGUGUGCCAGGCAACAGCUAUAUGAGGUUUUCGCCAUCCUGGAGCACUGGGAAGAGUUUGUCAGCAGGGUGCAGCUCCAGCCUUCUGCCGGUGGCUCUCUGGAGGAGCCAGCUUCCAUCGAGCAGCUGAGAAGCCUCCUGCUCCUCACCUAUGGGCACGUGGUCCACUCACGCCCCACGGAUCUCAUCCUAGAGACCAUAGGCUUCAAUAUCCUGGCUCCCAUGCGACACCACUAUUUUCUGAGCCCACACGACCCACUGGUGAGAUCUGCUUUUCUGAGAAGCCUCGCGCUGGUGGGUGAAGCUGUCACCCAAGUGAGCAGGAUUCCCUUGGUGAGCCAGGACACAUACACCGUGCUGUCCCCCCUGCUGGAGAUGCUCAGAGUCAAGGACCGGGCCCGGCUGCAGAGCCCCGAUCACCAGCAUGCCCUGCUGGCCAUCUCAUACAUAGGGAAAUUUGAGCCUCGCCUGUCUAAGGAACAGGAGGCUGAGACCAUCAGCACUUGUAUCACCAGCGCCAUGAUUCAGCGCCCAGCCCUGGCGAAGCUGAGAGGGACUGAGGUGGCAAAAAGCUCCGCUAUCCGGGCAGAGUCUCUCCAAGAACUGCCCUGGGAGGGCCUGGAUCUUGUGCUGCAGACAUUCCUGGAGCAGCACCUGACCCCCACCAUGCUACUGCAUCUCUUUCUGCACUUGCAGCCGUGGAUCUGCUCUCCCCGGGCCCAGGAGAGGAGCCGAGCUGUGAGAGCCAGCGCCCGGCUCUUCAUGUUCUACCGCUUCAAAGCCAUCACCGAGGACCUGAAACCCAUGGCAGAGCAGGGCUACAUGGCCGGGCUGCUGACAAGCCAGGCCUUCGAUGCUCAGGAGGCCACCAGAUACUGGGCAUCUCAGGCUCUCUACUGGCUCUUCACGCCUUGCAAAGCUGUCGUGUACACCAAGACCGGGGCGGUGGUGAGCGUGCUGAGCAAGACGCAGAAGGAUGCCAGCUGCAGAGAGAACCCUGUCCAUGUUGCUAUGCUCAUCGCGAAGCACCUGCAGUCGAGUGACCUCAUGCCCUUCAGCUUCACCCUGCUGGUGGGCCUGCUGGAGAAGGAGGAGUGUGCAGACCAGCUGGCUGGUGUCAUGGAGGCGGUGCUUGGAGAGCAAGAAUCAGAGCUGCAGGGCCAAGUGCAGGAUCUCCAGGCGGCUCUUUCCUACACACUGAGCCCACCCCGGGGGGGGCGGCUGAGUGAUGGGACGAGAGACAUUCUCCACCUACUGGCCAGACAACACACCAAGACCGCGGUCAGCAUCCUCCUGAAGAUGCCCUGGCCUUACAAACGCCACAUCAAGGCCAUCUGGAGAUUCCUAGGUGCAGACCCCAUGCUGACCAGGGAGGUACUGCACAUCCUGCUUUAUGACAGCCCGGAGAAGAGCCGGGCUAACCUUGGACAGACCCAGGACAGGAGCUGCCCCCAGCCAGCCCGGCUGCCCCCGGCGACCACAUGCGGCCUGUGGGAGCUGAUCGGGGCCUUGGGGCAAGCGGACACGCUGGAGGGACGCGAGGACGACCUGUUCGCCUCUUGUUUCCUCGCCAUCGCCUGCCCCCCGGCACGGCACCUCUCGGGAGCCCAGCAGGACUUGCCCAGUGACACCAGUCCACGCAGCAUGGCCGUGCAGGCCCUGGCGCGGGUGCUGCGCCUCAGGGGCAGUCAGCCAGCUGUGGAGCUAAUGGACCAGGAGCGAGGCUGGCAGCUGCUGGAGGAGGCCCAGCCCGAGGGGUUCACUCUCCUUAGCAGGGCCAUAGUGACCCACCCAAACCUGGCCCUGAAGAGCAUCCCACAGCUUCUCCUUCCCAGCCUCCAGGCCAGUCAGGAGGGCGAACGCAUGGCCUGCACCGCCCUGUUCGCAGAGUUCCUCGGCAGCCCCCUGCUGAUGGAGAAUGAGCCCAAGGCAAUGCGGAAGCAGGUGGUGAAGGCCAUGCUGCAGCGGACAGAGGACAGCAACAUCCACGUUCGAGGCAGAGCGCUGCACGGCCUCAGGAACGCAGUGACCGAGUUCCCGGACAAGGUCAGGAAAAAGCGAGACCAGAUCCUGGAGAGCUUUGUCCGCGCCGUGUGCGAAUGUUGCGACCCCCGCACCAUUCUGGAAGCCAUGGAAGGGCUCUGCUGGAUGCUGCGGGACCCCAAGGCGCCUCUGAAGGCUCACGUCGCCGUCCCGCUGGCCCUGCAGGCGAGAACGUUCUUUGAGGAUGAGAACAGCGACCUGAGGCGGGCCUCCAUGGAGCUCUUUGGCCACCUCAGCAAAUUUGUUUCCAAGAAGUCAUCCCUCUUUGGGGCUGAGGUGGAGAAGAGCAUGGGGACGCUGCUCAUCCACCUACAGGACGGGGACCCCCAGGUGGCCCAGGCGUGCAGGGUGGCAUUGCUGCACUGCGCACCCUUCCUCAGUUACCAGCCCCUGCGCACGCUCGUGCAGAGCCAGCUAGCUGAGGGGGCGGCCCCCGCCAUUCCCGCCUUCCUGAACGAAGCCUGCAGGACCCUGCUCCAGGACUGCCCAGGGAGGCUGAGCAAGAAGGCUGCCCUGAGAGCAGCAGCUGCCCAGCAGCUGAUAGAGGUGGAAGGCGAUCAUGGCUUGGAGGAGUCACCGGCGGAACAGGUGAACGGAAAAGACUUCGCUCAGGAAUGCGCCAAUCACUAUUCCCUGAUUAAAACCGAGAACCUGAGAGCAGAAAUACGUUUUGGGAAGGCUUUAAGGGUCAUCGUCAAUAUGAUCGUGUUUGGGGUUUUUGACAAUGUCAUAGAGAUAAAUCAGAGGAGAAACGUUCUGUUUGACUACAUGUGA